AUGACAGCACGCCAAUCAUCACCUACAUCAGACAACUCUCAUUCGGACAACAAUGUUCGCAAGAGGGUAUGUAAGGCAUGCGAUCGGUGCAGACUGAAGAAAUCUAAGUGUGAUGGAGGCAACCCAUGUGGUCGCUGUAGGACAGACAAUGCCAUUUGUGUUUUUGGCGAGAGGAAGAAGGCUCACGAUAAAGUGUACCCUAAGGGAUAUGUUGAGAUGCUCGAGCAACAACAAGCGUGGCUAGUUUAUGGGCUUCAAGAGCUAUAUCGACGUACCACUGAAGGAGAAGGGUGGCCUGGGGAACCAUUGAAAUGCGAAGCCAAUGGCCACCCCCUCACUCACGACCUGCUCACCCGGUUGGGCGCUUUGGACCAGAGCAAAGGCGAGCGUUUUGAGGAAAACACCGAGUCUAUGCAGCAAGAGCUAUGGAAGCAGAACGCAGGGCAUAUGCAGCGCCAGGACUCGUCAGACGGCAGUUCAGAAAGUGCACAAUCACCCGUUCUUCCCACCCGUUUCCCAGAUGCAUUUGCGCGACAACCGCUUACUCCACCUACUUUCAGCCCUCCUUUGCGGCAAGGACCUACUAUCAAGACGGAGCCUCAAAUUGUGCCAAAUACACCUAGCUUCAUUCCACCGAUGGCUAUGCACGGGGACGUGGUCAACCCUCUCGCAUUACAAGAUCCGCAACAAUGGUCGAACAGUCUAGGGAGUUUCGACGAUAUGGACCUUAUGGCGACUGCCGAUUACAACAACCUGUCAUUCGAUGACCCAGUCUCUUCUCCGAUGUUCAAUCGCCAAAUUCCAAUGAAUUGCAUGUCGUAUAUGGAUGCAAAGAAUGACUACGAAGAUAUUAGUCAAUUUUUGAAUGCGAAUCCACCGGAAAUAACGUCUAGCUGA